CGGUUCCAGGUACUGGGGAAAACAGAGGAGGAAAGAAAGGCAAAGUCCUCCUAGGCCGCGGUCGCCACGGAGGGUUUCCUGGAGGAGGGUGUUCCACCAACUAACUAUAAGCCUUCCAAGGACAGAAACAUUCAUUCCCACCUACUCUCAUGCAGCAUCGCGGGAAGUCCCCAAAGCGGAGUCGGCGAAUGUGGUUUACACGAUUGGCUAGAGGAUUGAUUGACAGCCGUAAAGACACCGCCCCUCCCCGCCCCUCAUUGGGCGCCCUCGGCAGGUGGGCGGGUCAGGGUAGUGGGGGGGGAGGGGAAGGGGUGCUGUGGCCUUCUCCUCCUCCCGUAAAGGGCACGGCGUUACUCUUCAAGAUGGCUGCGGCGGCACUGCUCCGCUGGGCGGGUCCAGGCCUCGGCAGUUCCGUGUGGGGGCUGCCGUUUGGCACGGGACUGAGGCGCCGCCUGAGCCUCGGCAGCGGCAGCGACGGGGAAGGCAGCGGCGGUUGGUUGUACUUCCCGCUGCGCGAUCGGGACGCGCUGCGCGUGCACGGGCCCGAUGCAGAACCGUUCCUUGUGGGGCUGCUGACCAAUGAGCUGCCGCGACCGGGCUCUGGGGGCGGGGCACCGUCCCCUGAGUCGGCCCCGGCGCGCGCGCACUACGCUCACUUCCUCAACGUCCAGGGCCGGACGCUCUAUGACGUCAUCCUCUAUAGACUCCAUGAAAACCUAGAGGAAGAGCCCAAUUUUCUUGUGGAGUUCGAUAGCUCAGUAUCUGGUGCUUUUCAAAGCCACCUAAAACUAUAUAAGAUCCGAAGGAAAGUCAGCAUCAGCCCGUGCUCUGAUCUCUCUCUCUGGGCUGUCCUCCCACAGACUGCAGCUGAGGGCCUGGCAAAGCCCUUGUUAGAGAAAGGUGGCAGACCUGUGGUGCUUACCCCAGAUCCCAGAGCAGCAUGCAUGGGCUGGAGGUUAAUCAUCCAGAAGGAAGACGUGGCCCAGGAUGUCGUUCCUACUGCCCAAGUUAGAAGCGCUAAGGACUAUCAUAAACACAGGUAUCAAAAAGGAAUUCCUGAAGGGGUCAAAGAUCUACCACCUGGUGUGGCCUUGCCCUUGGAGUCCAACCUGACUUUCAUGAAUGGGGUCAGCUUCACUAAAGGCUGCUACAUUGGACAGGAGUUGACUGCUCGGACCCAACACAUGGGAGUCAUCCGAAAACGCCUUUUCCCUAUUAGGUUUUCAGCCCCCGUCACAGCUGAAGGCAUUUCUGCAGGGGCCACUGUCCUCACCGAAUCAGGAAAGCAGGCUGGGAAGUACCGGGCAGGGGAGGAUGAUGUGGGAAUCGCUUUGCUUCAGUCAGAGAAAAUCAAGGUGCCCCUUUACAUCAAGACCUCCCAAGGUCACCAAGUGAACAUUAUUCCAUCUGUGCCAGAUUGGUGGCCCAAAGCUAACAAAUAAUUCCAACCCCCAGGUAGUACUGAUCGGCGUAUUUGUGUGUAUGCUAUGUGUAUGCUCUCCUUAUUGAUUCUGAUGGUGGGGAGGGGGAGUGUAUCUGGGGAAGGGGUUGCCUUUUUGCAGCUGGUAUCACUAGAGUUGUUCUGUGCCCACAAAACAGAUGGAACACAGUGUGGGGCUCCUCUCAGGACAAGACCAGCUAGUCUGGAAUUCCCCAGGGAAGACAAAAGGGUAAAGUUUGCUGAGGGGCAGGAGAGCUGAGACCUGAGACAAGAGAAGACCAAGUCUCCAGAGUCAGGCUGAAUCUGCUACCAGAGUAACAAUGGGACUGAAUAGCUAAGGGCAGUCAGAAUCGGAGAGGCCAAAGUGGGGGGUUUCAGCUAAAAGGUAAGGGAAGUUCAGGAAAUGCCACAGAGCUGAUCCUUCCUCUGAAUUCUAGCUCUUUCCCAAAGGUUUUAGUUUUAUUGUUGCACAGACCUGCAUGCCUUUCCUCCUGCUGCUGGUGUUGAAAUCCCUGUUUCCCAUGUGAGCCCUGUGGCUUCCAGGGACACGGACCAGGGGGCUGAGUAAAACUGAAUUGUUAGAUAACCUUUGACUAGCACUUGAAUUUUGUGUUAAUACUUUCCUGAAAAAUAUCCUCCUUUUGAACAAAAAACAAAUAAAAACCACUCUGUUCUAGUA